UUGUUUGCAGCUCCAAUCUCCCCGGUCUACGGAAGGUCAAAGGAAAGCGCCAAGUGGGGCCAUCAACCCUAGUAGGCUCUUCGUCGCCUUCCAUGGAAGCUGCCAUCGCCACCGCCAACUUUGGCUCCCGUUGGGCUGCAGGUUCUAGUAUUGUCCCUCGUUUCCACUCCACUGAUCAAGUCCGCGCUUCUCCUUCAUUGGGUUUGAGGUGCUGCUUUGAUCGUUUUGUUGGCUUAGGGUUGUCUGUGAAUCAAAGACUAGAGAGAUUUGCGAUGAAUUGCGGUGGAGAUGGCGAGAGGGACAUGAGGUCUUCAGCUCUGGCUGAAGGAAUCGCUGAUAGCUUGGAAAUUUCCUCACUUGGAAUGGACGUGAAUAAGGAGCCAAGCAUAUCGACAAUCCUGACUACGUUUGGAAACUCGUUUGAUCCGUAUGGAGCGCUUAGCAUCCCUUUGUAUCAGACAUCCACUUUUAAGCAGCCAUCUGCUACAGAGAAUGGGCUUUAUGAUUAUACUAGAAGUGGAAAUCCUACAAGGGAUGUCUUGCAAAGUCUUUUAGCGAAAUUGGAGAAGGCUGACCGUGCGUUUUGUUUCACUAGUGGAAUGGCUGCUCUCUCUACUAUCAUUUCUCUUAUUGUCUCUGGCCAAGAAAUUGUUGCUGGAGAGGAUAUUUAUGGUGGCUCUGACCGAUUGCUCUCUCAAGUGGUCCCAAGGAAGGGCAUUGUGGUCAAGCGAGUUGAUACGUCUGAUUUGCAUGAGGUGGCCUCUGCAAUUGGACCCAAUACGAAGCUUGUUUGGUUGGAGAGUCCUACAAACCCUCGCAUACAAAUAGCCGAUAUAUGUAAAAUAUCAGAGAUUGCUCAUUCACAUGGAGCUCUUGUUUUGGUGGAUAAUAGUAUCAUGUCUCCAGUUUUGUCUCAGCCGCUAAAACUUGGCGCAGAUAUUGUGAUGCACUCGGCUACUAAGUUUAUAUCAGGUCACAGUGAUGUCAUGGCAGGUAUCCUUGCUGUGAAGGGAGAAAGCUUGGCCAAAGAAGUUGCAUUCCUCCAAAAUGCAGAAGGCUCUGGCUUAGCACCAUUUGACUGCUGGCUUUGCUUAAGAGGUAUCAAGACCAUGGUUUUACGAGUGGAGAAGCAGCAGGCUAACGCUCAAAAGCUUGCUGAAUUCUUAUCAACUCAUCCAAGGGUGAAGAAGGUGAAUUAUGCAGGGCUUCCUGAGCAUCCUGGUCACUCUUUACAUUAUUCCCAGGCAAAAGGUGCUGGUUCUGUGCUUAGUUUUUUGACAGGAUCAUUAGCUCUUUCAAAGCAUAUUGUAGAGGCAACAAAAUAUUUUGCAAUAACCGUCAGUUUUGGAAGCGUGAGAUCGUUAAUAACCUUGCCAUGCUUCAUGUCUCAUGCGAGCAUACCUACAGCAGUUCGUGAAGCUAGAGGCCUCACCGAAGACCUCAUCCGCAUCUCCGUUGGCAUUGAAGACGUCGACGAUCUUAUAGCAGAUCUAGACUAUGCCAUAAGAUCUGGACCUGUUUAGGAUUGCCAUGUGAUCUGAACCAGUUUGAUGUGUAAAGUUGCUUGUAAAAUUAAAUUUCUUGCCUGAUUAAUAUAUGGAUUA